GUUAUUUUCUCCUACGUCAUGUGGUCGCGAGGCAUCCAUUACUUAUUACGGCCAUUUUUGUUUAUACCAAGCUCCAUGGAAACAGCCGCCAGAAGAGAUAAAACUGCUGCGCACUACUCAACCAAGUCAUUUCCAGAUUCCCUGUUCGACACAUCGCCGUCGUUUUGAGGGACUUCUUAACAUUUUAUUGCAACUAUUUUCGCCUGUUUGUUAUAUCAAUCAAGUAAAUCAUGGUAAGUUGAUUAUUAAUUACAUUGGCAAUAAUAAUAUCGAUAUUCCGUGGAAAAAGAACGUAUUUUAUUUAGUGAAUUUAAUUAAAAUACUUAAUUAUUGCAUGUUUCACCCUCGGCCAUCAUCAUGACAUUCAUUCAGUACCGGCAAGCCGGAAGUGAAAACGACCGCGUAGAAAAUUUAUCAAUUUUUAUUUAACUAUUAACUCUACUCCAUUUGCCACAAAAGAGCUUUAAUAGAUCCUUUUAAAGCUCUGGCAUGAAUUCCCCUAGUUCGAUCGAAGUGUAGACAUUAAUACAUAUAGCUGAAAAGCACCGGUAUUUUUAGUGAGGAUAAAAAAAAAUUUGAAUAAGCGUGGGCGAACGUGGUCUGCUGUCGGCCAUUUUGUAUUUGUGUGUGAACUGAUCGUUUGUAGUUGUGACUGCUGGUAAGUUCCAUGUUAGAUAAUUAUCUUAGACAAGGUUAAGUAAUUUAGUCUUUUAACACCCUGAUUUUUUUUAUUUUUGUUGCAUUGUAGUAGCUUUAUUGACACUUUAGCCCAGCCCUACUAAUAGUAAAAUAGCCAGUCCCUCUGACUGCUCUGAUUGAGGCAAGGCCAAGGUAUAUGACUAUGAUGGUGGCUACAUAUUUCUGAGGGCAAAAAAAUUGAAAUAAAGAUAAUACAUUCAUGAAAGCAAAGACGUUUCAUUACAUGAACAUACAAUUUGAAGUUUACAUUUGUCUUUUUAAUCCAAGUAAGUUGGGGCAGCACUAGUUCUUGGGAUAAUUUCUUAAAAAAACACUUUACUGUUACUUCUAGAAUUAGGUUAAUUUCCAAAUGAAUAGUUUUGGCAUUGAUACCUUGUUAAUCUUAUGAAAAAUGUCCCUCUUUAUCCAACAAAAAGUUGUGACCUAUUUAAUUUAAAAAUACUAUUGAAAUUUGGCCUUGAAGUGCAUUUUUAGUAAUAAAAUAGUAUUCCUCGGAUUUUUAUUAAAAAGCAAGUUCCCAACAAUUUAAUAUUCAUAAUUUCAAUUUAUUUGUAUCAUCUUAUACAUUUCUAUGAUUUUAAAACUAAAUUUUACUUACUUGGAUUUAUUCAGACGUUUAAAGAUUACAAAAGUAUCAACUGUUAUUGAACAUUAUUUGGAGCCGGUUCCAUUAUCCCGGGGAGACAAAAAAAAUGGCCUUUUUUUUCUUUCCGGUGAUGGGGGUUGAUCUUACAUGUGGAUAGCGAUAACAUUCAAUGGUUCUGGGUUAAUUGACUAUUUCAAAGUUUUUAACAAUCCAGAUGAGAUAUUAAACCUGAGCUUUUGGGUUUCAAUCAUGUAUGAAUGGUCCAAAGAAGUAUUUCAGAUAUUUAAAGCUUACCGAUGAGCGUCAACAUAAGACAAAUAUUUAAUGUAAUAACAAAUGUAUUAUUAGAAAAAUGACAGAACACAAAAAACAGAGGACACCACAGAGCCGAUUGUUAAACGGCCACAAAAUUUUAUCAGGGAUUUUUCAACAUGCGCAGAAAGUAUGCGCGGGUGACAUUUUAGGGUGCCGAAAUAGAUUUUGACCAGACAGUAGUCAAUAGGUGGUUACAACAUUGAUUUUCAAAAAUAUUCUGGGAUUUGUGUUAUCUAGCCUGUGAGCAAAUUGACUCAUCAGAAGAGAAUGAUGUGGAGUUAACAGUUAAGUCGUUACCCUGUCACCCAUUUGAUGGUCAUGAUAAAUGACAACACACUGUAGAAACACUGACGCUAACUGCUACUUAUUCUAUGAACCUAAGCUUAGCCUAUCUGAUCAAUAUUUAGUUAUGGAAAUUUUAAAUUUUUAACUUAUUAAUAUUAAUAAUAACUUAUUAGGCCAUGAAACUCAAUUAUUUAGGUCAAUGACAUGAUUAUCUUGGAAUUCAGAAUGACAAUUUUGUGUCUCAUUGGUCUGUAGUAAGGCCCACUCUUAAUACCGUACCAAUUCGUUUAAAGUUAGUUGGUUUGACUACAAAUAAUGUAGACUAAUCCUAUUUGAAACAGUGUUUUUUUUGUUUUUUUUUUAAAUUUUUUUUUUUGUUUUUGGAAAAAUGACAACACAUUAUUUCUCCCCAACAACUUAAAUGACUAAGAUUGAAGUUUGAAGGGUCUCAUUCAUGAAUCAUUAGUGUCCAUUUUCACAAUGCAGUAAGCUGAAAUUGUUAUAUAAUUUUAGUGAUUAAAAGCCCGACAAUUAAGUACCAUUGGCACGUAGCCUGGAAAUGUACACCUCAUUUAGGCUGAAAAAUAUUUAAUAACAUUAAAAAAAAAAUAUUCUGUGACACUGACAGUCCUGGUUACUUGUAGCUGGACAAAUUGAUCUUUCAAUAUAUAUAUAAUAUCAAGAAUUUUUCUUUUUGUCAUUUUAGCGUGAGUGUAUUUCCAUCCAUGUUGGCCAAGCUGGAGUCCAGAUUGGUAAUGCCUGCUGGGAGCUGUACUGCCUUGAGCAUGGUAUCCAGCCAGAUGGUCAGAUGCCAUCAGACAAAACCAUUGGUGGUGGUGAUGACUCAUUCAACACCUUCUUCAGUGAGACUGGUGCAGGCAAACAUGUACCCAGAGCUGUAUUCAUUGAUUUGGAACCCACAGUAGUUGGUAUGUUUUGUCCAUUUUGCUCUGUUUUCACCCUUUAUAUUUGACUAUCAUUUAGUAUACAUUAUCUGUAAAUGUUUAUUGAGAAUGGUAAUAUUUAGAUUAUUAUGUAACUUGUUUUCUUUUCUAUCCCAGAUGAGGUAAGAACAGGUACUUACCGUCAGCUGUUUCAUCCUGAACAGUUGAUCACUGGUAAAGAAGAUGCAGCCAAUAAUUAUGCAAGAGGUCAUUACACCAUUGGCAAGGAAAUUGUUGACCUUGUACUUGACCGCUUGAGGAAGUUGGCUGACCAGUGCACUGGUCUCCAGGGAUUCCUGAUCUUCCAUAGGUUGGUUUUGUGGUUACUCUUUUAAAGUAGAGAAAUCAGAUUUGUUUUCUUGUUUUUAAAUUUAAUUCAUUCUACAAUUGUCCAUUUACUCUUAUGGGGGUUCCUAUUUAAAUCAUUAAUAGUGGUACAAGUCCUAUUAAUGAAUCUGGUUCCAGGAGAUAAGCUUGUUAUUGCCAUAUCUUCACCUAGUUUUGGUGGAGGCACUGGAUCUGGAUUCACAUCCCUGUUGAUGGAGCGUCUUUCAGUUGAUUACGGAAAGAAGUCUAAGCUUGAGUUUGCCAUCUACCCAGCUCCGCAGGUAUGCAACAGAGUUGUAUAUUUUAAAAUCAUUUUAAAAAAAUUCUUUCUAUUUGAAUUUUUUUUUUUAAGGUUGUUAGGUGGUUGGUAAAGUAUAUUGUCUUAAAACUAUAGGCACUAAUCUUGAUAUUGUAGCUGAAUGUAUCAUGUAUUCAUCAUAUAUAAUUUAAGCCUAGCAGUUAAGUUUGAUUUUGCUUUUCAUUGAUCAGAUCUCCACUGCUGUUGUUGAGCCAUACAACUCGAUUCUAACAACACACACCACACUGGAACACUCAGACUGUGCCUUUAUGGUGGACAAUGAGGCCAUUUAUGACAUUUGCCGUCGUAAUUUGGACGUUGAACGCCCUACCUACACUAACUUGAACCGUCUCAUAGCCCAGAUAGUUUCAUCAAUUACUGCAUCUCUUAGGUAGGAACUCUUUCUCAGAAUGAUCCAAGCUUAUUUAAGAGUCUUAUAUCAUGGAUUAUUUCUAAAGCCAUGUACUUAAAUGAUCUGAUAUUUCUAAUUAUUUCAUUAUGUUUUUCAGCAUUUUUUUUAAAUGCCUUAACUUCUAUUUCUUUAGGUUUGAUGGUGCCCUGAAUGUUGAUUUAACAGAGUUCCAAACCAAUUUGGUUCCAUACCCUCGUAUUCAUUUCCCACUGGCUACCUAUGCUCCAGUCAUCUCUGCUGAAAAGGUACAUUCAUUUCAUUUUAAUGCUAUGUUUAAUUUAUAAUUGGCUUAUAAGCUAUUUGUGGUAAAUAAUGCAUUACACAGUACGUUUUAGAUUUUUUAUUUUUUUUUUAAUUUUCAUAUUUGUUUCAUUUUUUUUUAUUUUUUUUUUUGUUUCAGGCCUACCAUGAGCAAAUUUCAGUAGCUGAUAUCACUAAUGCUUGUUUUGAGCCUGCCAACACCAUGGUGAAAUGUGACCCACGUCAUGGCAAGUACAUGGCCUGCUGUAUGUUGUACAGGGGUGAUGUUGUCCCCAAGGAUGUCAAUGCUGCUAUUGCUACCAUCAAGACCAAGAGGACCAUCCAGUUUGUUGACUGGUGCCCAACUGGCUUCAAGGUAUUUAAAUUAUGCUUGGCUUAUUUUAAAAGCUUAUGUAGUGCUUUCACUUAAGGGUAUGUCAACUUUAUGAACUUGAGCACAUUGUUUUGUUAGUGAGUCCUUGGAUCUAAUUGGAUUGAUAUUAAAAUAUGUAAAUGCAAUAAACUUGUUUCCUUUCAGUACAAUCAGUUUAAAUAUUUGGGUUGUUGACUUGUGACUAUAAAGUCAUCAGGAAUGUUAUCUCACCAUUGAUGUUAAAUAUGUGCUAAAAUGUUCUUUACUGGAAUUAAUUUCAUUUUUCAGGUUGGCAUCAAUUACCAGCCACCCACUGUAGUCCCUGGAGGUGAUUUGGCCAAAGUUCAGCGUGCUCUUUGCAUGUUGAGUAAUACCACAGCUAUAGCUGAGGCCUGGGCCAGACUUGACCAUAAGUUUGACCUCAUGUAUGCUAAACGUGCUUUUGUCCACUGGUAAGUGGAAUGCAGCUUUGUUUUUUAUAUAUAUAUUUGUAUAAUUCAUACAACUUGAAUUAUCCAGGGUCUAUAUUUUAUCCAAUUGUGUUUCCCCUCACCUAUAUGUUCGUAUAAUGAAACUUCACUUUUCUUCAGGUACGUUGGUGAGGGCAUGGAGGAGGGAGAGUUUUCCGAGGCUCGUGAGGAUCUUGCUGCUCUUGAAAAAGAUUAUGAGGAGGUUGGAGUCGAUUCUGCUGCCCAAGGAGAGGGUGAAGGCGAGGGCGAAGAGGAAUAUUGAGCUAGCCAACUUAACUACCCCAAGCAAUUUUCGAAUUGGCUUUUAUCAUUGUAUGUUUUUAUUAACUGUAUCUUCAAAAAUAUAAUUCGGAUACUGGUACAGUUGGAUUGUUAUUUUUUAUACCAGUUUAUAAUCGACCUAAGGAUUCUGUUUCGUUGUCCAUCAGUCUAGGAGAUGAAGACCUGCUUUUUAUAUUAACACCGUUUACAACAGAUGUUAAGUGCUUUCUGUUGUCCGAGUAGGAAAGAUUUUUUUUUAUUUAAGGGGGAAAUUAUUUUAAUGCUUUUGUGUGUCAAGAUCGAUUGACCUUUUUAAAAAAAUACUUCAACUGUUCAUUUUGCAUUUUAUUUUGAAAAUUUUAUGAAACUUUAAAAUAAAAAGUGUUCAUGUUAAGAUUAGGUUUGAGCUUUAUUUCAUUGCAUGUUUUUAUGCUAUGGCUUUAUGAAACGAUAGCAUUCCCAAUGACCUCAUGUUACAGGAGUGUCUUUGUUUGUAUACAAAUUAUCAACGGUAAUGGAGGGGCUUUCAGAAAUCUUUUCUGCAUUUGGUGUAUAAAAUUUUAAAAUGUUUUUUUUUCUUCCCCAGUCUUUUUGACAACUUAUGAUUUAUAUUUGUAAACAAAUUGUUAAAGCGGAAUGAUGGAUUAAAAUACUCUUUGAUAUAAAGCUCGCCUUGUUUCAUUUGAGGAACAUUUAGUUAAAUGUGCAAAUGUUGGUUUCAUCACUGCAAUGUGCAAUUCUGAAUUGGUUGAAUGCCCUUUGUAAUGGUGUAGGCAUAGUGAAAAGAUUAAUAUAUUGAUGAUGAUGAUAAAUGGUACAAAUAUGUGUUUCUAUAGUUAAAAGAUUAAAGAUAAAACAAAUUAAAAGGUGCUGCAGCAAACUGUCAUUACUAAAGGUGCAUAAUUCUUUUAAAUUUUGUUUUGAAUAUGCAAGCUUGAGGCAGUCUUAGCAUUUAAACCAAAUGGCUUUCAAUCUUGUCGGUCGAAUAUUUCAAUUAAAAUUGUUUGUUCAAAGCAAUAGUCUUCGGAGACUCAUUUUCAAAUGUGUGCUUUCGAGCGAGUGGCCCUACAAAGUUCUUAUAGAGAUCAUUUGAUUGGGGACUUAGUUAUGAACAUGCUCUAAAUGUAAUUAAUAAUGUAAAGGAACAUAAGGACAUAAUCAUAGCAUCAGUUUUAUAGUUUUCAUUUUUCAGUAUUCUUAAGAAACUAAUUAUAUUUAUAUUCUUGGAUGCCCUAAGUAGUUGAAAAAUUAAAAAGAUUAGUUGUUUUCAAACACGUUUAUUGAAGCUAAAAUUUUAGAUGUUUCACUAACAAAAAAUAACAAUUUUGUAACAUACAAUUAUUACAUCAAGUCUCCUUUAUUCGAGAGUACGAUACAUGUUAAAUCUCACUCUAAGUACUGCUCAAUCCCUGGUACUUAAGACAAAUGUGAAGAAUGCACACAUUCAGCUUAAACAAACAUAGAAAAACUUCUCUCAUUUCAACUUCCCCAUUUCAAUAAGGUGAAUAGGUGCAGUCAUUGUCUUGAGGCAUGGGCACAUAGGGCAUAAGAGGAGUCUACGGCUGAAAUUUUCACUAGCAUCUAUUCUGUUCCUUGAUUAAUGUUAACAGGCUCUGGAGCCCCUUCAACAAUCCCCAUCUCCAGACUUGUUCGAGAGCAUGCUAAAAGGGGUGCAACUAAUCUAUGGCUAAAUGCAUAGGCAUUAAAAAACCAGCCCCCCCCCCCCCAACUGAUGAAAUUGAAAGAAACCCUGAUCAUAAUGUUUAUUCCAACCCGGGACUCCAAAGCUUUUCCUUACAUUACUUGAAUAUGUUACAGAUGAAUAUAAGUACAAGGCCUCCGUGAAUGACUUUGCCAGGGCCCAAAAUGCUGUUGCUGUCAAGUAUGACUCCAAAAUACCCCGUAGACUUCAUAUUCAGUUCAGUAAAAACAUCUCCUUCACAAUAUUAACAAAAUUAGAAAACUCAAACGGAGUUUAUGCUGCUGCAAGAGAAUGUAUUAAGUGUACAUGUGAUCUCUUUUAAUGAUUAAUAAUUGUGGUGCUAGUUCUCCUAAUUGAGAUUCCAUGAAGAUUCAUCAUUCAAUUCAUCAUGGUCGUGUGAUGGGGGCACUCGCCCCGAAUGCCAACAUCAGUGGGGGUUCCAAAAUCGUCUGUAGAUAAGAACUUAAUAUUGAAUCAAAAGAUAAAAUUUUACGUUUAAAAAAAACGUAGGCUUCACAGCAAAAAAAUCCUUAAUACAGUUAGUAGAAGUAGAAAUAGCAUUGAAUGGCAAUAGUUAAUAAUGUCACCUCGCACGCAUUUGCUGAUCAGAUUAAUUUAAAGGUGAAAUUUAAAAAAAAAUAACAAUAAUUGAAUAAAUCUAGCGCCUGUCCUUGCUGCAAUGGGAAACGUAUCCACCUGUAAGUGUAAGCCAAACUUGAAAGUUUUGGAAACACUGAAUUAUAAAUUAUUGUAACUGACAAUGACAAUUGAUAUAAACCCCUAAGACUUGAAUGAACACGAAACAAAAAGUAAUCUGAAAUUGAAUCAGCCCAAACCAUCUAUACUUCAAACCGAAGUCUAAACGUAUACAUUUUGUAAAAGAUAGUAAGGGGAAAGACUGCAAUCAGGUUCGGCAAUAUGAAAUAGGUAAAACAGAGAACCUGAAGUAGGAGAAAAGCGUGGGGAAAUAAAAUGACGCAACAAUAAAAUAAAACAAUAAAAGAUUCGUUGUUUUAAGGUUUUCUCCUCCUUUGUUGUACAUAUUUCCUUCAUAUUUAAAAAAAAGAAAUAAAAGAAAUAACUUCCAGAAAUGUUGCAAUUAUUUAAACGCUGGUAAAAGAGACGUUUAGAAUCAUCCCAAGUAAUUUAAAAACAUGGUUCUUGAAAAUAAAUUUGACUUUCAAUUUUUUAAAAAUCGUUCUGCUGCUGAUAAUCGCUCUUUUGACUGAUGAGUUUGCCGACCAUUCAUUAAUUAGCCUACAUUUGAAAUCCAACACACCUAAAUUUAGCUCUUGGGGGACAUUUUAAUUUAUUUUAUCAUUUUUUGGACACGCUUUAAAAAGUUUGUCUCUGUAUUGUUUUAUUUUGUAUUUUUUAAUCUUGUGACAUGUAAUAGGACUUUAGGAAAUGGGUUGAUACAUAUGACUAAAUAAAACAAUCCCUAAAAACAACGUUUUUCGUAUAGUAUAAAUCCUUCACAAAAUGUAAUAUUGAGCAAUUUGAGGAGGGGGGGGGGGGAGGCUGAAAAUUUCCCAAAACAUACAUACAAGUAACGCACUUUAUAAAACAAAAGAAAAUAUUAGGCACCAAGCACAUUUGCGAUAUUUAAAAAAAAAAUAAUAAUUAUUUAGCGCAGUUAUCGGGAAUUUUAUUUCAUGAAAUCAGUUUCAUCAUAUUUCCUGCAUUCAUAUUCCCUUUGACAAGCAGAUUUUUUGGAAUCUGUGGGGGGGGGGGGCGGUUGGGAGGGGGCGCUCAAAAUUUAAUAGAAUGCGUUGUGGGUCAAUUAUCAGUCUUAAGAAUUAGCCAGCCAGCCACGAACAAAAGCGAAAUUAAUAUGAAAGAUUAAACUACCCCUAAAACAAAGUUUUUCAUAUAAAUCCUUUAUAACAUGUAUUAUUGAGCAUUGGUGGGNCCCCAACCAAGCAUCGCAACCACACAUUUUUUUAACGCCCUUGAACUAUAUUAAUUAUUAAUAUUCUAAUGACCCAAUCAUUUUUUUUACCAACUAUUUCAGUUUCAGAAAAACAAAAACAAAAGAAAAUACCAGUAUCACGCACCAAACGCACUUGCGAUAUUUUCUUUAAAGACUUUCAUUUAGCGCAGUUAUCGGAAAUUUUCCUUCACAUUACCUUUGAGAUUGGCAAAAUGUGUUGUUAUGGGCAAUGAGUCUAAGUGCCAAGUUUCAGCUUUACGGAAAGUGGGCAAUUAGCUGCCCGAAGAUUUUGCCAGCCAGUCAGUCAGCCACCCAUCCACACACACACACACACACAAAGCGAAGUUAAUAUAAAGGAUUUCAAAAGAGUGGGGUGCCCAUAAAAUUCAACCAUCAAUUUCAAAAGUGAUGACCUUUCGUGGUAACAUUUUGUUUGCAUGGUUGAAUAUUAUCGGGAACAAGUAACCAUACAUAAGGCAGUAACAGAGGAAAAACCCGAUGUCCCCAGUGGCGUAGCGAGGGCUAGCCGAGAAUUUGCCCCGCACCCCCCCCCCCCCCCCCCCCCCCCCAACCAAGAAAAAACUCUGCAGUAAGGCAAAAAUCCCGUCCAUAUAGAAAGAAGUUACCAGGGGUUGACCGCCCACUCCGCCACUGGAUGUCCCUAUCACAUUCCAUUCCUGGGAUAUUCACAUAGGUCACUCAAGGUCAGUGGAGGUCACUCGCAACAUACCUAUCAUAAAGGGUUGUAUUGUCAUUGAAGUGUGUAAAUGUACAAAGUUUCAGCUCCAAUGUAAGUGAGGAAUUUGGUCAAAACUGAGAUACAAGAAUCCACCACAAUGUCCACGAUCUAACAAACAAAUGGAUAGAGCAAUCUAAGACUAAUAGUCUAAGAGGGAAAAAAAGUAUAAAAUUACGGCCAAUUUUUUUUUUUUUUUUUAAUUAAAAUUUUUUUAAAAUUAUUAUUUGGUUUACAAAAACCGCAGUAUAUUUUAUUUCAUUAAAAAAAAUGUAUAUGAAUAAAAUUGAUUUUUUAUUCAUUGAUUUUGUGGCUUUAAGUUGACUUACGGUAACGGUACGAUCUAUCUAACAAACAAAUGGAUAGAGCAAUCUAAGACUAAUAGUCUAAGAGGGAAAAAAAGUAUAAAAUUUCGGCCAAUUUUUUUUUUUUUUUUUAAUUAAAAUUUUUUUAAAAUUAUUAUUUGGUUCACAAAAACCGCAGUAUAUUUUAUUUCAUUAAAAAAAAUGUAUAUGAAUAAAAUCGAUUUUUUAUACAUUGAUUGUGCGACUUUAAGUUGACUUACGGUAACGGUAACUAAGUAAAAUCUGACCUGUGUAGGCAUGUUAUAAAAUUCGUGCGUCACCAGCGUUGUGUGUUACGAUUGUAACCAUUGGCGACUUGCACUGGCCACGGCAGACGUCUUCAGAAUUUUAAGCUACACUUGUAUACGUCACUAGCUGUGUAUUGAUUUUCUUUAGUUUUUAAGUAAAGUUAGUGGGGUGAACUAUCAUAGCUUAAACCUAAAAACAGUGUUAGCUUAUUAAUUAAUAUCUCAUUUCUUGGCUUAGACAAAAAAAAAGCAUUUAAAUUUUAAUAUUUCAAACAUGAAAAAACAAAUAUUUAAAACAGCUCCUUUGGUAAAAAAAUUGAAAAUACUAAAACAAAAGCACAUCUGCAUAAACAUUAGUACAGCAGAACAAUACUUAAGUCCAGAUUAAUUUAAGGCAUGGGCCCGGCAAACAUAAGUGCUCAUACUCAUACAUACUCAUAGCCAUAGAUAGGCUCUUAAAUAUUGUUUGACUCGUCUAUUAAAAUCAGCCCGGACACCCUAAAGCCGGUUCUGGGUGCGUUGACCACCUUCCCUCAUGUAUAAUAUGUCCCUUUCAAUACCAACAAUAAGUUCCUAAUGGAAUAUCAAAGUUUUCAUUUUAUAUAUUAAUAUUUUAAAAAUCUAAGUUAAUAAAUCCAAUUCACUCACAGUAUUGUAAUCAUACAAAUUAUAAUGUAAACAGUAGUUAGCCCAACCUAACUUGUUUUAAUCAUAAUCAUUAACUGUCAAAAUUUUCAGUAAAAGUUAUAUUCUUUUGAUUAAAUUCUUUUUUUAUUGGUGAUUUAACUAGUGUAGUUCAAAGUGACAAUAUUUGAAAUAGUUGGGGUUUAUUUAAAUUUAUUAUUAAAUUAUUCUAAUUAUUUUAGCAUUAGUAAUAACAGCGAUUAAUUUUAAUGAUAAAUUGGUGUUAGUGCUAUGUUAAUGUUUGUCCCUACCCCCAAAUUAUUUAAAUUAGUAUGUUCUAUACAUUUCUCUAUCAAUAGUAUUAAUAAUAUGGGUUAACCUUCGUGUUCUGACAGAUCUUUAUGAUUGCUACGACGCCAUACUGUUUACCCGUAGCACCAUGGCCACAGGUACCACGUGACCAUUCAGCCCGAGUAUAUAAAAUUUGCGUCCUAGUCUGCUAGUUACGAGAAGUUAGUGCCAGACGCCCUGUUCGACACAUUAACGUCGUGAAUAAGGGACUUCGACACUUGAUUCGUACUUAGAACCAUACCCUAACAACCAAAAUGGUAAGUGAACAAUUUUGGUUAAGAGACUGAAACAUGUUAACCAGAAUUUCUCAAUGUUUAAAAACUUUUAUCCUUUAUUUACUUCACUGUUAUUAAGCGUUAUUCAAGUUGUGACCGCGGAAGGGUAAAAAAAGUCCGGUACUUAACAACUUACCUCAAUAAAUCAAUUCAUUGAGUUUUAAGCCUAGGCUGCGUAGUAAUGUUAUUUCAAAAUUUAAACCUUAGCCGCGCUCAGCCUUUUAUUGUAUAAUGUUGUCUUAUUUUAUUUUAAUUUAACCUUUAGUUUUUUGAUAACGCUUACCACUGAAUUCAUUGGAAUAUAAACCGUUAGUUCAUUUUGAUGAACUAAUAGUACUAAUACUAGUAGAAGUAUGGAAGACCAAGAUAGUAUUAAUAAUUGAAAAAAAAAUAAAUACUAUAAUACAAAUUUAAUGUUGCACAUGGAGGAAGAUUUGAUUCCAUCUUGAUCCAUUGGUCUAACGAGUCCUCUUAGCUGUUGACACCUUAAGGUCAUUGUCAGUGGACUAUCUGCUUUUCAUGUUAACAGGAACACCCCUUUCCCCAUUUUCAGAAGAAAAAACCCAGAAAAUUUCUCAACCCCUCCCCCCCCCCCCAGGUCUAACGAGUCCUCUUAGCUGUUGACACCUUAAGGUCAUUGUCAGUGGACUAUCUGCUUUUCAUGUUAACAGGAACCCCCCUUUCCCCAUUUUCAGAAAAAAAAACCCAGAAAAUUUCUCAACCCCCCCCCCCCCCCCCAAUCAUAUAAUCUUCAUCAACUUAUAUGGCUAGUAUCUUAAUUUUAAAGGAGUAGACCACAUUGUUGAAUCAUGAUUGUAAAUUGUGUUAGUGUCCUAGUAAAAUUGUUGGAAUGUUAAAUUACCUAGCCAGCCUAAAUCUUUUAAUAAAGUUGUGCCACAUUGUUACUGUUAGUAGUGUUCGAGCUGUACUGAGUUGUGUUUCCCAACCUUUUUUGCCCCCACAAUGCCCACAUCCCAUCCACACUGAUCACCUUUAAUGUCACCCCCUUAGUGACCUAGCAUGGUAAUGGAAUGUAUUUCUUAAGAUGAGAAAAACCUUGAAUGAAAGGUCAAUUGAGAAUAUUAGCUUUAAUUCUAUAUAAUAAAAUGUGAGGCUUCACCUGUACAAAUGUAAUUAAUGCAAAAUGUUUCAUAUUAAACUUAAAAAAAUUAUUUCAUCCUACAGCGUGAGUGUAUUUCCAUCCAUGUUGGUCAAGCUGGAGUCCAGAUUGGCAAUGCCUGCUGGGAGCUGUACUGCCUUGAGCAUGGUAUCCAGCCAGAUGGUCAGAUGCCAUCAGACAAAACCAUUGGUGGUGGUGAUGACUCAUUCAACACCUUCUUCAGUGAGACUGGUGCAGGCAAACAUGUACCCAGAGCUGUCUUUGUUGAUCUUGAGCCCACUGUGAUUGGUAAUUUAUUUUUUGAAAAUCUUGUGUGAAUAAUUACCCUUAUUUAUAUGUAUGUGUUGUAUAUCCAGUACUUAUGUAAAGUUAUUUCUUUCCCUAAUGUAAUUGAAUUAAUCUGGAGAUCAUUUUUAAUCAGAUGAGGUCCGCACUGGAACCUACCGUCAGCUGUUCCACCCAGAGCAACUGAUCACUGGCAAGGAGGAUGCUGCCAACAAUUAUGCUCGUGGUCAUUACACCAUUGGCAAGGAAAUUGUUGACCUUGUACUUGACCGUCUCAGGAAGCUGGCUGACCAGUGCACUGGUCUUCAGGGAUUCCUUAUCUUCCACAGGUUAGUUAGAACAGUGUAUUUUUCAGUGGGGUCAUCGCUUUUUAAAUAACAUUCAUUAGUCUAUUAUAAUAUCAAAUGUGCUCUCAAGAUCUUUUUAUAAUUGAAUUUGGCAUUGACAACCCACUUUUCUUCAUAAAAUCUGGAGGUCUUGUAACUCUCUUCUGGCUCCAUAAAAAUUAAACUUUAUUUUCUGGAAUGCAAUGAAUAAUUCUUAAAUAUAGAUAUAUUAUCUUAUAGAUAAUAUUAUCUUAUAGAUAUAUACUGCUUCUACUGAUUUUUCUAAGUAAUAUGAUUUAUUCUAAUUUUAAAAAAAACCAGCUUUGGUGGUGGCACUGGCUCUGGCUUUGCAUCCCUGCUCAUGGAGCGUCUCUCUGUUGACUAUGGCAAGAAAUCCAAGUUGGAGUUUGCCAUUUACCCAGCUCCUCAGAUCUCCACUGCUGUUGUUGAGCCCUACAACUCCAUCCUGACCACCCACACCACACUGGAACACUCCGACUGUGCCUUCAUGGUGGACAAUGAGGCCAUCUAUGACAUCUGCCGCCGCAACCUUGACAUUGAGAGACCAACUUACACCAACUUGAACCGUCUGAUUGGCCAGAUUGUCUCAUCCAUCACUGCAUCCCUCAGGUAAGCUUUCAUAGCCCACUAAAUUUGUAGAUUUGCUUUUUCACAAUUUUUAUCCUUCCAGUAUUUGAUAAGUUUGAAUAUCUGUUAAAUUGAUAGCUAAUAUAAUUUCAAUUUUCUAGGUUUGAUGGUGCCCUGAAUGUUGACUUGACUGAGUUCCAGACCAACUUGGUGCCAUACCCACGUAUCCACUUCCCACUGGCCACCUAUGCCCCAGUCAUUUCUGCUGAGAAGGUAAGAUGCAUGGCAUUUUAUCAAAACUUAUUAACCUUGAAAGAGUUAAGGUUUAAUUCACAAUUUGUACUAUCCAUUGUGAUUCAUCUAUAGAAUAAGUCUUUGUAAUUUUCCAGGCCUACCAUGAGCAACUCUCAGUUGCUGAGAUCACCAAUGCUUGCUUUGAGCCAGCCAACCAGAUGGUGAAAUGUGACCCACGUCAUGGCAAGUACAUGGCCUGCUGUAUGUUGUACAGAGGUGAUGUUGUCCCCAAGGAUGUCAAUGCUGCUAUUGCUACCAUCAAGACCAAGAGGACCAUCCAGUUUGUUGACUGGUGCCCAACUGGCUUCAAGGUAAAUUACUGUUGGUCAAUUUACAGCAUAAGAUUGAAACUGAUUAUCUUUGACAGCUUGUCAAAGUUAACAAUUAACAUUCUUGAUAUGUAAUUUAUUUACAUUUGAAAAAUGGAAUGAUACCGGUAUAAAAAAUUGGAAGUCAAUUAAUAUUGAACAAUGCCUACCAAAGUAAACACAUUAUUGCAACAUUAAGAUUAAGAGAGAAUUCAUUGAAUAAUCAUUUCUAAAGGCUGUUCUUGUUAACAAUUUCAAUUAUUUUUUAAUCAGGAAAAUUAUCUCACCAUUGAUGUUAAAUAUUAUGUGCUAAAAUGUUCUUUACUGGAAUUAAUUUCAUUUUUCAGGUUGGCAUCAACUACCAGCCACCAACUGUUGUGCCUGGAGGUGAUUUGGCCAAGGUCCAGCGUGCAGUUUGCAUGUUGAGCAACACAACUGCUAUUGCUGAGGCCUGGGCCAGACUUGAUCAUAAGUUUGACCUCAUGUAUGCCAAACGUGCCUUUGUCCACUGGUAAGUAGUUCUUACUUUUAAACACCCAAGCAUGUUAGGUAUGCUUGCAUAUAGAGUUAUCGAGUCUUGGAUGGCUUCCAAUGAAGCACAAUUAGGUUUAAAAUUAUUUUUAACCAAGUCAAGCCUUUAUUUUUUGUUUUACUAGUGUCUUGUCAGGAAAUUUAAAGAUUCCAUUAUAUUGCUUAAAGCAGAACCUAAGAGUGAAAAAAAUGGCCUUUUUAAAAAAAAGAUACCCAAAUAAUUUUUUUGUUUCAUCACAGGUACGUCGGUGAGGGUAUGGAGGAGGGUGAGUUCUCAGAGGCCCGUGAGGACUUGGCUGCUCUGGAGAAAGAUUACGAAGAAGUUGGUGUCGACUCCGUCCAGGGUGAGGGAGAAGAGGAGGGUGAAGAGUAUUAAAUCUGAAAACCUCCACUUCAGUGCUGAUGCACUUGUGAUAAUGGCUUUUUCUCAUGAAAUUUUUGUUUUAUGAGGAAAAGUUGUGUUUCCUGUCUGUGCAGCUAAACUACUAAUCCUACAAUUUACAAAAAAAAAAUUUUUUUUCGAAAAGUGAAAAUGUUUAUAAUGUAUAAGAUCACUUUGUAGGAUCAUGAAAUUGAAGUACUUAUUUCACAGGUUAAAUUUUGUUUUUUGUCAUCAUUCCAAUUGUUGAAAUUAUCACUUACAGCAAGUGCUUUUUCUUUUUAAGUAUUAGCUUUGAUGUAUAAAAUCCUUUUUUUUAUGCAAUUAAGAAAAUUUUACGACAAUGGUCGAUUAUGGAAUAAAUUUCGAGUGUUUUAUAAAUUGCAUAGUUUGUUUUCUUUCAAUAUACUGUUACUAUGUCAAUUAGUUGUUUUUUUUUGUAAGGGUCUUCAGCGUGUUAAUAAAUAUUAAUUUGCUUUUUACUGUGUUGUCUGGCAUGGUUAUGUUGCACUUGAUCUCCUGUAGCACAUUUUACACAAUAUGGGAAAUGACAUUGGCGCUCAGUUUUUGAUGACUUGAAGGGUUCAUUCAGUUUUUAAAUUUUGAAAAGAAGAAAUGUUAAUUUAAUAGAAAAGUUUAUUUUUACAAGGAGAUAAAAUUGAACCUGCAGAAUGGAUAAAUUCUCCUGAAAUAAUAGUGAUGUCACAUACCAGCUUAUCAAAAUCUUUGUAAAAUUUUCUAUUUUAACUGAAAUCUUAGGGUAUCUGUACAAUUUAAUAUAUCAAGGUAUAUUCAAAAAAG